GUGCGUUUCAUAGGAGAUGGCGUCGGCGGAGGCAGACUCCCCACGACGUAACACAAAGUCGCGGCGGUCGCGAUCACGAAGUCCAAGCACACGGCGGGAUCGAAGCAGAAGUCGAAGUAGGGAAAACGCUAGAAGAAGAAACCGAUCGGCAUCGCGGUCAUCGUCGUUUGAUCGAAAGAAGAAGAAGAAGGAGAAAAAACACAAAAAGGUCAAACGUCGACAAACCAGCGACAACGCAGAUGUAUCCCAGGAGGAAAGUGCCUCGACAGAUGCCCUCAAUGCGACUCCUUCGACGUUGGCCGUGAAAACGGACCGCAAGAGAGACUUCUUUGCUCAGCUGAAGGAGCAAGAAGCGUCGAAAGGUACAAUUGGAACAAUUCACUCGUCAGGACGCAAGCAAGAAAGCGCCACAGUGCUCACGGACAAUUGGGAAUGCGUCAAAGCUGGUUGCGGAAAUAGUAACAUGAAGCGAGCGACGUCGUGCCUCAAGUGUGGCGCAAUGCGCCGCAUUUCCCAGUGGCGCUAGCUCUUGCAAGAAAAAUCUGAUUACCCUCGCAAUUUAAAUAUAUGAUUUUUUU